GCUAUAUUUGCAUGCCCUUGCUGCCUCGACAUGCAGUACUCGACUUUAUUCAACUUUUAUAUAGCAAAGCAUCUUAUAUAUGAUAACCAUAGGAGGGCGACGUCUACCCCAAAAGCAUGAGGGGUAUCAACUCACACACUCUCUCGAAAACAAGUACGCCCAAACACAAGUACAUAACACCAGCAAGGUAAAUCAAUAACACAUUCACAGUCGCAUUCAUCAAACACUCAUGUGCCUUCUCAAAGCCCUCUCCAUGUAUGCAUGUGUCACAGCACUGUUCAUCCGACUAGCCCUGAACACUUUGUGCAUUCAUAGAUUCUUGUAAUGACGCCCUGGCACUUUUCCAUUUCUGCAGACUCGACUCCGUUGAUUACGAGCUGCCUCUCUUUAACCUGCCGAUUGGCGCACUGUCGCCAUUUCCCCUCAUGCCGCUCGCUCUCUGUUGCUUCAGUCGGCCUCCUCUUUAAUCUGCACACUGGCAAGCUUGCGCCGCUCCUCUUCCCGCCUUUUCUCUUCGCGCUUGCGCUUCUCCUCUUCGCGCUCGCGUUUUCUCUCUUCUCGGAUCAGGCGCUCUUUCAUAUAACGCCAUUCAUUCCCCCAAUACAUGCCAAACCCUUCCGGUAUCUCCGGCUCUUCGUCGGCAGCUACCACGACUACGUAACCAUAUCUGCGUUCACGUCUUGGUUUGUUGUAUCUUUCUGGAGAAACGUCAGUUGUCCGUUCAAUUUCAAACUAUCUUUGAGAAGUACCGAUCAGUGACUUACCAGUUUUCAUGAAUAACUCCUUUAAGGCUGGAUGCCGUUUAACAAAUUUGUGGCCAUAGCCCCGUGCCACGCACGGCUCG